AUGGUGGAGAUCUUGGGCCCGGUCUCUCCUACUCGUCCCCCUACGCCUCCCCGGACCGCCUCUCGCUUCGUGUCCGUGGACGAGAACAACCCAACCGGUUCGCCUAUAGUCGUCCAAACUCCGGGGGAGUCGCCUUUCACCGUCGUGGGGUCGGCUGGCGCUCCCCCUUCCAGUCGAAGCUCCAAGCGUGUGAACUUCUCGCCCUGGAACAAGUACAUCAAACCACCGACUUUUGCCAAUCCUUCAUCCAACAAGAACCCACCUCCCUCCAACGAGUUGCGACCCGCCAAAUCCAUCCUCAAGGCAACCCAAUCACCAAUCCCAGUGUGGUCGCCCAAUGCCGAUACGUUCACCACCGAGUCGCUUGCCAUGCUGCUCGAAUCCGUCAUCCAGCAGCUGGCCAGCGAGUCCCUCAGCUCCAGGCUCGAUGCAUACAUGCAAUUCUUCGGAGCGUUACGGACGUAUGAAGGGCUGCCGGCGGGACAAGAUAUUGCGGAUAAGCUCGGUCUCAUUACGGAGUUCAUCCAACGCGACGUUAGCAGGGACCUUGUCAACGGCAAGCCAAUGGACACCAACCUAGCCAACCAGGCCCUGAAGCUCUCGGCGGCCUUUGUCUGGCAUGCGGAGAUAUCCACUCAGCUUUCAGACGACUUCAAGAUGUUUCUGGUGGAGCAAUGCAUCACGAGUCUUCGCGAGGCCAAGGUGCCCAAGUCGGUCUUGUCCCAUUAUAUGAACAUUUUGACCACACAGAACUUCGGGCCGAAGAUCAUGAACCACAGCCGGGUCACCCGUCUGUUGACAGAAUUGCAUGAUAUCAACAAGAGGGUUCCUGGAAAUGCCAUUGUCACCUACCAGUUGGGCAUCUACCAGCGUCUUCUCACUCAAUCCAAAACCGCCUUCAUAUCCCAGUCCGAAGUAUGGAUCGAGCACCUGAUCUUUGGUCUUCUUCAUCAUUUGAAGGACAUCCGGCUCAAGGCAAUUUCUUUGGGGUUCCAGAUAUCUGCCGCUGGCAUGGACCUGGUGCUGUCGAGGAACAUCCGAGACCUUUUCGACCGGCCACUCGAGAAUGAUCGAAACUUGGGAGCCGAGAUCCGCGAGCGCAUGUCAAGAAUGAUGGCUUCUACGGAGAGCGGUGUGCAUGUUCCCCAGAUCUGGAGUGUCAUCGUCCUCCUUCUCAGGAGCAAGCGAUGGAGCCUGGAGAAGUGGGAUCAAUUCCGGGAGUGGGUUCUUGUGCUGCAGAAAUGCUUCAACUGCAGUGAACAGGCCAUCAAGGCACAGGCAAUUAUCGGCUGGAACCGGUUUGUUUUUGCUGUUGGCCCAUCUGAAUCGACAAGCCUCUCCCUGCUCAAGAUGCUUGGGAAACCGAUUCUCACCCAGUUUGAACGAAGGAAAGCGGACAGAUCUUGGCAAUCGCCCACAAACCUCGCGCUCAGCAGCUAUUACAACCUCCUCUACUAUGCCUUCCGCCCUUCGACCUCCUAUCGUCAUCUGGAUCGGAUUUGGGAUGAAUACGUCGCUGCUCCUUCAUCGGGUGCAUUCUCGUCCGUCCCGGCUCUCAAUGAUUGUGCAUGUUGCGCAAUUGCGAAUCUGUUGUGGAGUUCGCAGGCCAAGGUUUGGUCAGAGACUCGGAUCACUGACAACGAGAGGCUGCAGCCUGAGGAGCUUCUCUCUAUCGACAGCAAGUGGGUGAGAUCACGAAUCUCUGAGGUCUUGAAGGUCUUUGAGCAUUUAUUCAAGUCGUCUGUCUGGAGUGGCGGCUCGGAUGGCCUUCCCAAUGUGGCCUUGGCUUGGACCAAUCUUGCCAACGCUCUAUCAUUCGCCUCAAGCAAGGAGAUCACCCCUUCGGGUGAGUCUAUGCAGGCCGUUGCCAGCGUCCUUGGACUACUCCAACGGCUUUGGACAGCUGGCCCAUCAUCCUUGAACGCGACAGGAGAACAAUCAGAUCAUGAGUUUCUUGCAAGAUUUCAGCUAUUGUCAACAAAGAUGAUAUAUUCCCUUGGGAGUAUUCCUUUCACAGAGAAGCUUCUUUCGCGAGUGGCCGAUGAAACUUUCCAGAUCUCCAAUACCCCCAGCCACCAUCGGACCGGCCCGGACUCCAACCUUCACAGUUCCAUCCUGCACCUCCUCCAAAUGAUUAGCGAUCCUGGGAAACUUGCAUUGACUCCGUCCUACAAAGACCUAGUGACUGCUAUUGUGCAAGCAUCUUGCAAUGGCAGAAUCUCCCGAUGGUCCCGUCUCGAACUUCUUCAGCAAUUCACAGAGCUCAGACCUGCGGGGAUUGAUUCCCGUUCCCGGGAGCUUCAAGUCUCCGAGGAGAUUUGGAAGACUGUUGCGCAGGAGGCGGCUGAAGCUUUGCGCUCUUUCCCCAUCGAAUCUGCGCGUGAACGUGAUGGAUCUGUUUCGCGAGAUUACGAAAACAUCAACAAGAUUCUUUCCUCCGGCCUUCACUUCUCGAACACAUUCAAAGAAUGGUCUCAUCUCCUCGACUCCUUCUUUCGUGUAGUACGGACGGAGAAGGGGGAUCGACUGCUUGCCACCAUGAUCGUGGAACCCAUGGCCGAAAUUUUGCUGAGUCUUCCGGCUCGGGCUGCUUAUAUGCCAGCGUCAUCACUUCUGGGCCAUGCAUUAUCUAUCCCUUUCUUCCAAGAUCCAGUCACUGGUGGAGAAUAUAGCGGCUCUGGAUCACUUGAAGAAACACUUUUCCCCCAUAAGUUGCUGGAAUUCGUUGGGACAACGCUUUGCAGGGUAUAUGAAAGCUUUGAUGCUUCGGACACGGAUGAUUUGGCCCACUUUGUUGAAUCCCUGACAUCCUUUAUGUCGUCGGGCUUUCCAUCAUUGCACUCCAAGGUUUUGGAGACACUUCAACCGUCCUUGUGCCUUUGGUUGAAGGAUGAGGCAUGUCAAAUUGAUAUCGACCGAGGGGCUAAUAGUCGAAUUCUGACGGCAUGCCGGACGCUUUCAUCUGUUGUCGUUCAUAUCCUGCAGACAGAUGUUUCUCAUGAUCUGCCUUCCUUACAACGAUUUGAGGCCAUCAUCUGCUCGGGCUUGGAAUCGUCGCAUACGUCGACUGUCAAGCGCUUUGCGGAGCUUUGGGGCUCGACGUUUGGUCUGCAAGAAUCCCUCGCGUGUCCUGCUGUUCAGCAAGCCUUGCACACAGCAAAAUUGCGGCUCCAGGCUCCAGUCUCGCAACCGCAAAGUGAUAUUCAGAUGAAUGAUAGCUUAUCAUCCAUGUGUCGAGAAGGACACGAUCAACCGACGAACGAACUCCCUGGUGUCCAAGAUAGUGCCAUGCAGCUUACUACUGCAGAACUCAAGUCGUCCCCUGUCAUUAGGGCGCAAGACUCUUCAUCGAUGUUACCACCUCAACGACGGGAGCCAGCCAUCUCACAGCCUGAAGCUCCCGAGGAGCAAAUUACCGAAAGCACACCGGUCACUAACAAUCGCCAAACGCGACGUGAGGUUUUCAGGAUGAUCGAAGCCAUCCAUUCAUCGUCACCAGCACCCACCCCGGGCAAAUCGGGCCUUCAAACACCCACUCAUCUCCGGCGUCUGCAUCGCUCUGAGUCUGCGAAUGACUUACUACUGACACCUACUUUUGGAGCUGCCGAACAUGAGGGCUUUCUUGGUUCUUCUCCGACUCCUGGAACCAGAGAGCCAACGCCUGCGGCCAGCUCUGAAAUGCCUCAUAUGACGACAACCCACGACAUUGAGAUGAGCAUGGAGACCGAUAUUCCAUCUUCGCCACCAGAACUCCACUCUGGGAGUCCAAGCCCCCGCAAAAACAAAAAGUCUAGAGGCGCACGCCGCAGGUCUGCGCGCAGGAAAGCCACUGCGGCUAGAUCUGGCAAGCAAGAUCCCGUGUCUAACCCGACUGUCUCCAACCUUGAUAUGGCUGAAGACAGCGCAGCAACAUCCACUGGUGAUACAGAGGUCGUCUCCUCACAAGAACCGGAAAUGCCUCUCGGGGGACGUUUGCGUUCUGCUUCUGGCAAAGUCACACCCGCGGAACCGAAAUCUGCACCAACGGCCCCUGUCGAAUCAUCUGCAACUACGGAAACCGUCGAAACACCAACGAGAGACACAGCCGCGCUUUCUUCCCAGAAGACGGCAUCAACUGCUAAGUCCAAAAAGAGUAAGCGGAAGAGCACGCCGAAGCCCAAACCUCAGGAAACUCAGCAGGAAACGGAAGAGCUUGUUGGAGACACAGCUUCUGCUCCUGGGGCUGCAGUCCCCGAUGAUUUUGUCGACUCUGCCAGCGAGGAUGUGGAUACUCAAAUUGCUUCUCAGCUUGAGCAAGACUACCAGCUCUCCCGGAAUGUCGCUGAACCGGAAAACAGUGCUAGUCAUGCUGAGCAACACUCGGGACCCGCUACCAGGAAAAGAAAGCGCCAGGAGGAGACUCGUUCAUCCAGCAGGAUGGAAACGCGCAGAUCCAGCCAACGCUCGGCGACGAAAGAGCUCGUUCCAGAAGCCGCCCAGACUGAGACGGUAGAAUCGCAGAGUUUGGCUGUCCCCGAUGCUACGCCGCGUGUCUCGGCAGAUAAAGAGUCACCAGUAUUGCGUCGCCGCUCAACCCGCAGCUCUCAACUCAAGGAAGUUGAAAGCGCAUUGCCAGACUCGAUUCCGCUAGCCCAAGAGGCGAGACAGGACUCCGCUCUUCAAGAAACAGUUCAAGAAGCAGAAACUCCGCAGCCGCCAUCGAAGCGAAUCCGCAAAUCACUUCCUCGUCCCGUCGCAGAAGAAAGCCCAGCCAAGAACACACCAUCCCGUGAAACCCGUUCCAGUAGGAGACGUUCCCAGCCAAGUCAGAUUGCGUCUCAGUCAGAGUCUUUGCAAGAAGCUGAUACGCAAUUCGAGCAAUCUGCUUCUCAGGGAGAGCCUCAGCAUGACGAGACGCUCGAUCUGGACCUCGUUUCCGAGACUACCCUGUCUCCGGAUAAGCCAGUGGAGCCAAUUGACCUUACUGUGUCAUUCAAUGUACAACCCGAUACUCAGAUGAACGAUGUUGAGCCAUCAACUGAGUCUCGAUCAGUCAACCUGGAUAUUGCAAUGGCGGGAGUGUCUACAGACGGUCCAGCCGACGCUCCAGUGGCCAAGCCAGUCCCUAACAUUGCCCACUCCACAACUCAAACCGAUGAACAAGUGCCGUCCUCUAUCGGAGCAGACAGCAGCGAGGCCGGCAUCAGCCGAUCGCUGAGCAAAAUCCUCGAGAACAUGAAAACAGCGACGCUCAGCCCCACUGCCCUCCGCGAUAUUGACGAUCUCCUGUUCAAUAUCCGCGUCGAAGCCCACGAGGCGUUCCGACGCCACAACCAUUCAGCAUAG